AUGGGACUUUUAUCGGUGAUACGAAAGCAGAAGUUGAAAGACAAAGAGAUUCGCGUGUUGAUGCUUGGAUUGGAUAACGCUGGCAAAACCACCAUUGUGAAAAAUCUGUUGUCGCAAGAUCUAGAUUCGAUAUCUCCAACGAUGGGAUUCAGCAUAGAAACGUUGCCUUGGAAGGGAUAUACCUUGCAAGUAUGGGAUAUCGGUGGCCAGUCUACGCUGAGGCCGUUCUGGUUCAACUACUUUGAGAGAACGGACUGUUUGAUCUGGGUUAUCGAUGCCAGUUCUCUGGAGAGACUAAGCGAGAGUUUCAAAGAGCUUGCGGAUAUUCUAGGAGAGGAAAGACUGGUUGGGGUCAACUUAUUGAUAUUGGUGAACAAGAUGGAUCUUGCUGAAGGCCUACAGAUCGACCAGCUGCGCGACCAGAUAGCGACCAAUCUAAAUUUAAAGGCUCUGCGAAGCGAAUGGAAAAUUUCAGGCGUGAGCGGAAUCACAGGGCAGAAUCUUUCCGCGAGCAUGGACUGGCUAGUUGAUUGUUUAAAGGAGCGGUACAUUCUGUGA